UGCCGAUUUUUUUUUAAUUAAAAGCGGAUUUCUCCGGUCGCUUCCAAAAUCCGAUCCGCUCCCGCUUCCGCCCUUGUUUCCGUCCGCGUUCCCUUUCUUCUUUCUGUUUCCUUUCUCUUUUCCUCUCGAUUUAAAACCUUCCUCCCCGGCCGCCGACAUCGAUCCCGAUCCCAUCGGAAUCCUCCUCCUCCUUCAUGUGGUAGCCUCCGUCGAUGUUGACCGCUGCGAUCCCGGCGGUCGUGACCCUUUUGGCGGUCCUCUCUCCCUCCCCGGCCUGCGCCACCGGCUCUUCCUCUACCAUCGCCAUCGCUGCUGACUCGUCAACUGUAUGCGGCGUCACCUACGGCCCCCCCAGCAGCGUCCUCUGCGCCCGGCCCGGCGAUCGCGCAUCGUCCUUCCCCAUCCCGCCCAAUAUCUCCUUCAGUUCCAUCUCCGGUGGCAGCGCCUCUCUCUGCGGAUUGAGGAGCGGAGGCACCGCCUUCUUCUGCUGGAACGCAUCGGAUUCCUCCGCCACGGGGUUUCGCCCGAAGCGCCUCUACAACGGCCCAUAUGGCCUCGAAGAGCUCGCCGUCGGAGCGGGCCAGAUCGCCAGCAUCGAUCUUGGCCGCACCGGCGUCCGGUGGUGGAGAGAGAACAGCAGAUUCCCUUCCUUUGCCAACGGUUCUUACAGCUCCCUCACCUCCGGUCAGUCCUUUACUUGCGCCGUGAAUACUAGCAACUCCGUACGCUGUUGGGGACCUCUCGGCGAUGAAAUCCAGGAGUUUUUCGCGAACUCCACCGUGUUGAGAAUAUACGCCGGCGAUAACCACGCCUGCAGCAUCGACACCGGAGGUCGCGUAGUAUGCAGCAACGGCCAGACGCCUCCCUCCCCUAAUUCAGCGUUCGAGUUCAGGAGCCUCGCGCUGGGUUUCAAUCACACCUGCGCGGUCAGGCGAACCAACGGCACGGUAGUCUGCUGGGAUGGAGUCACGGGCGGUGAGUACGCGCCAGUGAACAUGACUGCCUUCGAGUUAAUCGUCGCCGGUGGCAACCUUACCUGCGGCCUAACGACGGCGAACUUUAGUGUGCUUUGUUGGGGGAUGGAUAGGAACAACCCGGCGGUGAUGAGGCUUCCUUUGCCAGAAAUUCUACCUGGAAUCUGCAUCUCCAACCAGAGUUCUUGCCGUUGCGGGGUGUUUCCUAAUUCGGAAAACCUGUGUUCGGGUUCCGAAGUUAUAUGCCAGCGUUGCGAUGAUCUAACCCAACAAUCGUCCCCUCAGUCUCCGCCACCGCCACAGUUCCCUCCGUCUUCUUCUUCAAGGACUAAUAGGGGGUGGCGAGCUUUCGCGAUCAUCGGGUCGGUCGGUACAUUUGCCGGUCUCUGCUCCAUUGUCUAUUGCAUAUGGGUUGGCAUUUGCAGGCGCAAGAAAGUCCACAACUCUGUUCAACCAACGAUUACAGCCUCCGCGAACGGCGGACCUCACACCGGGCAUUCCUCUGGGACGGGCGGCCCAUCAUCGAGUCCUUUUGUGUCGCCUUCCGCCUCGCGGUCUCGAAUCUUCCGGCGACAAGGGUCGCGGGUGAUGAACCGGCAGAGGAGCGGCCCGUCCUCCUUCAAGGACCGGGCCGAGGAGUUCAGCUUUGAGGAGCUCGCCGCUGCCACCAACAAUUUCUCCUUCGAGACCAAAAUUGGGGGUGGCAGCUUCGGCACCGUGUACAAGGGGAAGCUCGCCGACGGGCGUGAGGUGGCAAUCAAGCGGAGCGAGACGGUGCCGCGCACGAACAAAUUCCAGGAAAAGGAGAGCGCUUUCCAGUCAGAGCUCGCGUUCCUCUCUCGGCUCCACCACAAGCACCUGGUGGCCUUGGUGGGCUACUGCGAGGAGAAGGAGGAGCGUCUCCUGGUCUACGAGUACAUGAAGAAUGGAGCUCUCUAUGACCAUCUCCACCCGAAGAACGGCGAAGAAUCCAGCGUGUUGAACUCAUGGAAGAUGAGGAUCAAGGUGCUGCUCGACGCCGCGCGGGGAAUAGAGUACCUCCACAGCUACGCCGUGCCGCCGAUCAUCCACCGCGACAUCAAAUCCUCUAACAUUUUGCUGGACGCGAACUGGGUCGCCCGGGUGUCGGACUUCGGUCUCUCCCUGAUGGGGCCGGAGUCGGAGGGCGACCAUCUCUCGUUGCGGGCGGCGGGCACCGUCGGUUACAUGGACCCCGAAUACUACGGUCUCCAGCACUUGACCGUCAAGAGCGACGUCUACGGCCUCGGCGUCGUGAUGCUCGAGGUCCUCACCGGCCGCAGGGCCAUCUUUAAGGACGACGACGGGAACCCGACCAGCGUCGUCGCCUACGCCGUACCCUUCGUUGUGGCUGGCGAGGUCGGCAAGGUGCUCGACGUCCGAGUCGGACAACCCUUGCAACACGAGGCCGAGGCGGUGGAGCUGGUGGCAUACACCGCCGUCCACUGCGUCAACCUUGAGGGCAAGGAGCGCCCGAGCAUGACCGACAUCGUCGCCAACCUCGAGAGCGCUCUGGCUCUCUGCGAGGAGAGCCAUGGCACCAUUUCCAGUGCCAGCAUCUCCCUUGCCUCAGUUGAUUGAGCAUUGAGCUAAAAAAACAGGAUUUGUCCCCUCACUUUUCAAUUCUUCCUUUAGAUUUUGUAUACGUCGAUUCCUUCUUUUUUCUAUUUUUUUUUCUUUUUGUAAAUGCAUUCCAUAGUUUAGUUAGAAAUCAAGAGAUUUCACAAUUCAAAGAGGAGUUCAA